AAAAUGGUAUUUAGUUUGGAAGAAAAGAUAUAGCCGAUAGAUAGAUAUAUAUAUAUAUACAAACAUUGGGAUGCAUUUCCAGGGGAUUUUUAUUUUUCGUCUGCUGGCUGCCCAGUGGAAGCGUCUCUUCCGACUCCUGGGCUCUCAGUCCGUCGUGUGAUGUGACCAGUGCGGUUGGUCGGUGGCAUUUUUCCCCUCCUUUUUUUCCUUGUUUGUUUCUUUUGAUCGAAUUUCGGUUUCGCCUCAUCAAAACGGAAUUUCUUCUUCUCGGUGCCAAGAACCAAAACAUCAAUAAAGUUGUGCACCUGUGCAUCCGCCAUUUCCAGCAAAAAAGGGAUUCCCGGUUGGACAAUCCAUUCCACGUGCGUCUCGGUCCCAGCCCGAAAGUGUGUGUUUGUGAUUUAAUUUGUUUUUUAGCUAUAAAAUGCCCGCCAAUUUCGUCGCCAUUUUGAAACCCUGUUAGUUAUUGGCUAUUGCGUUCAGUGUUACGCCAUCGUCAGUUGUGUGUCGUGAGUGAAGAAGUGAAAGUUGCGUCCAGUUGAAUAUAUAUAUAACACACGCCACGUUUGGACAACGGCGACCGUUUUCCAAUCCAUCAGUUUGAUCCGUCCAUCGUGCUGUUGAUAGUGCCAGGUGUGUUGUUGUUGCCCAGCAUUGCGUUUUGGUGUCGUGUGUGUGUGCUAUGAAGAUCGGGCACUGCGUGAUUGCCAGUCAGGGAGGAUCGCCACCACCGCUGUGCUAAACUGCUAAAGGCCAGGAUGACACGGAUCUCCCGCGGUUGUAUCAGCAACGCACUCGCCCACUGCCAACUUCAUCCUCCCCUCCCGCCCGUUCAUCCAUCGACUGGACACAUCCAAUCGUCAUCAACUCAACAGUUCCAGGAUCAUAACCGACCAUGCGACGCCUGUCGGCCGGCGGAGUGCCUUUGCUACUCAUGUGCUACUUCUUGAGCGCGGCCUUGUGCUCCUCCUCCUCGACCACUACCUCUACCACAACCUCCACGAAAUCGACCAAACGACCAGCCUCUUCCUCCAUGACCGGUGAUAUCGGCGAGCGAGCGGAAGCGUUGGAAGGAAGCCUUUUGAACAUGUUCGGAUUGAAGCGGAGACCAAGACCGGGCGUCGAGACGCGACAGCGGAUCGUCGUGCCCGAAUUUCUGGCCGAAUUGUACCGACAACAGACCGGACUCGAGGUGGACACCACCAACUUGAACCUGGCCGGCAAACUGACCCAGACGGCCAACACAGUCCGGACUUUUUCUCAUCAAGAUGCGGAUUCAGAAAUCCACGACGACGACAACAGCGAGACGACGGGCAAUUCCAUCCUGUUGCAAUUCGAUUUGGCCAGCUUGCCGGCCGAAGAAGCGCUCAAAGCCGGUGAAUUGCGGCUGUACCGCUCGCCGGACGGUCUCAUCUCUUGGGAGGCCGAGCGGACGACGAAUUCCGGGCGAACGGAAGACGAAUCUACGGACAAUCGCCACCAGCCGGAAAGGAAAGUGACAAAAGAAAACAAGUGGCGACGGAAACAGCAAGUGUUGAUCCACGAAGUGGUGCGACCGGCCCGCAACGGCGGCGAGCCCAUCCACCGGCUGCUGGACAGUAAAAUCGUCGACGUCCGGGACGAAGGCUGGAUGACCUUUGACGUCCUGCCGGCCUUGCUCCGCUGGCGGGAGCAGCCCAAACGCAAUUACGGCCUCUGGCUGGAGAUGAAACGAGUCAACGACGAGGCCCUGUCCGACAUCCAGCACUUUCACUUGCGGAAGCGCCGGAGUAGCAGCCGGAGGAAGAGGCGAUCCAUCGCCGGUUCAACGGAAGAAGAAACGGAAGAAGAAGAAGGGAAACAGCUGGACCAGCUGGAUCUCCGGUGGGCUAGUCAGCAGCCGCUUUUAGUGACGUACUCUGACGACGGAAGGUCGCGCGUGCGGAGUAAACGGGCGGCCGAGAAGAAGCACAAGCGGAAGGGCCGGCGGGACAACUGCCGCCGCCAGUCGCUCUACGUCGAUUUCAACGACGUUGGCUGGAACGACUGGAUCGUGGCCCCGCCGGGCUACCACGCCUACUACUGCCACGGCGACUGCCCGUUCCCGCUGCCCGACCACCUCAACACGACCAAUCACGCCAUCGUCCAGACGCUGGUCCACUCGGUCAACCCCAGCGCCGUCCCGCGGGCCUGCUGCGUCCCCACCGAACUCUCGUCCAUCUCGAUGCUCUACAUCGACGAGUACGACAAGGUCGUCCUCAAAAACUAUCACGACAUGGUCGUCGAGGCCUGCGGAUGCCGUUGAACGAUUCCACCCCCCAAAAUUCCACUCACCGGAAUCCGAAGAAAUCCAACCACCACCACCCUCCCAGCACGGGGCGGGUUGGGUUGUUGUUGUCUGUUGUUGUCGGUAACAUUUUCUUCCAGCCCCCCUCCAGGAUUUCCUGCGGACCAAUGGCCGUCCAGCAUCCGAAAUGGAACAAGAGAAACAACAACAACAACAACAUCCAACGAAGAAAAAAGAGAAAAAAAAAAAACAACCCACAAAAUCAAAGACGGAAGAAAUGAAUUGUAUAAUUCUUCCAGUUUCUUUUUUCAAGUUAUUUCCCUCUCCCACGUUCCGCCAACACUUAGUCAUCGUCGUGAUUUAUUCUUACUCUCUUUUCUUACUCUCUCUCUCUCCAAGCCGAAAAAAUAAUAAUAAUAAUCUAUUUUACUACAAGACACACAAACAAAAAUAACCAAGCAACAACAACAGAAUAUCGAAGAGAUGAGUGUGACCACAGAAACCCUUUCCCCCCCCCCCUUCACACACACACACACACACACCAAUGUUGUUUUUUUUAACACAAACGUGUACCUGGUUGCUUCAAUCGAUUAUCAAGACCACACACACCCACCCCACCCCCCGGGAGUACAUUUUAACACAUUGUGCGAUUAUCAGCAGCAGCCCCCCUCCAAACUACUCAAAUAAAAAUGGUGGUGGAUCAAAUUGCUUCCGGGCGAGUGAAAAAAACAAAAAAAAACAAAAAGAAGCGCCGAGUGAAUUUUUAAUUCAAAAAUUUAAUUUUUCGCGCGCCGGGGGAAAACAAAAACAAAAGACUCACAAUAUGCAACAUUGCUCUCUCUCUAUCUCUCUAUCCUUCUAUUAUAUUUAUAUUAUACAUACACAUACUAUUUUUCCACCUUCUUUGUUUUUUGGGGGGGUGUCCCGCGUUUGUCGUGUGUUGGUUGGUUUUAUGUGAGUGCGGUUUACCAUUUUUUUCGCUCUUGUCCAAAAACAUCGUGAGUGAGUGUGUGUGUGUGUGUGUGUGUCGGCUGCACGCGUGUUAUUCGUUGUUGUGUUUGUGUGUGUGUGUAAUCCGGAUGCGGAAGGAGGACAAAGUGGGAGGAGCAAGUUUGGAAAAAAAUAGGGAACUCGAGCGCUUAUUAUUAUUACGGGAGAACGGGAAAAUUCACGUUCAUUUCGUUUGUUUGUUUGUUUGUUUUUUUAAAAAUCGUGAGUGAAUCGAGUGAUUGUCUUUUUCUUUUUAUAUAUAAAUGUGCGUGUGUGUUUUGUUUGUUUGUUUUGUUUCCCGCUAAAAAGAAGGAAAAGAAAAAAACCCGGACGGUCAUUUCUUUUUUGUGUGUGUGCGUGUUUGUCCCGCGGGAUUUAAAAAAAAUAGAAAUUUGUUGAGAACAAACAAAAACCCAGCGAUUGGUUGUUGAUGAUGACCGUCAUCAGUAAGAUGUUUUGAUCAUUCACCAAUUACUUUUGUUUGUACUAAAAUCUCUGUGUGUAUGUGCCUCCCCUGAUGUUUCUAAAUAUUGUAGAUGAUUUUGCAUUUGUACAAAAGACUUAUUUUUUACUAUCUACCACUAUACUGCUACAACAACAAGAAAAAACGAAAAAAACAAACUCUGUUUCUUUUAUUAUUUU